CCCGGCCCGCCAGGGCGCCCCCGCCUGCGGCCGCCCAACACCUUGGGUGACUUUUCCCUUGAGGAUGGCGACGUGGGCUCGGGUGCCUGGAGCCCUAGUCGGCCGCUUGCCCACUGCCGGGCACGCCUCCUCCCCUCAGUCCUUGGGGGCGGCUGCUGGCCUGGGCGGGGGCUGCUGGCGCCUCCUCCACUGCAGGGGAGCUUCCCAAACAGACGGCCUGGGAAGGUUUUGGGGUUGCAGGAGGCUCUCUGGGCGGUGGAGUCCCUCUCCAGCCCCUGGCUGUCCCCACAGCGUGUGUGUUGUGAGGGCGUUUUGGAGGGGAAGUGUGACUAUGGAGGAGAGCUAAAGAUACUAUCUUUGAGUCAGGGUUGGAGUAAGAAGCAGACGUUGGCAAGACAAAUGAAACUGAACUGCGAGGCUUCCCCUGGGAGGUUGGAAUCCUGGAGGAAACCAAAGUGUCUGUUGUGGGGGAUGGGAGGAAGAUGAAAGAAGAGACAUCCCGGGGCUGUUAGAUUCCGGAAUGAAUUCGUCCACAGCGUGUGUGUGACAGAGCGUGAGGAACGUGGUGUUCCCGAUGCCUGACCAUGGAGAUGUGAGCCUCCCGCCUGAGGAGCGGGUGAGGGCUCUCUCCCAGCGUGGCAGCGCCAUCGUGGUGAAUGAAGACUUCCCGCCCCGGCGCUACUUCCGCUCUGGAGUUGAGAUGAUCCGAAUGGCAUCCAUAUACUCUAAGGAAGGCAACAUUGAGGAAGCCUUUAUUCUAUACAACAAAUACAUCACACUCUUUAUUGAGAAGUUACCAAAGCAUCGAGAUUACAAAUCAGCAGUCAUUCCUGAAAAGAAAGACACAAUAAAGAAAUUAAAGGAGGUUGCAUUUCCCAAAGCAGAAGAACUGAAGGCUGAGCUAUUGAAACGAUACACCAAAGAAUAUACAGAAUAUAAUGAGAAAAAGAAGAAGGAAGCAGAGGAAUUUGCCCGAAAUAUGGCCAUCCAGCAAGAACUGGAAAAGGAGAAACAGAGGGUAGCACAACAGAAGCAGCAGCGGCUGGAACAAGAGCAGUUCCAUGCCUUUGAGGAGAUGAUCCGGAACCAAGAGCUGGAAAAGGAGCGACUGAAGAUUGUACAAGAGUUUGGGAAGGUGGACCCUGGCCUAGGUGGUCCUCUGGUGCCUGACUUGGAAGGGCCUUCUGUAGAUGUGUUCCCCGCCUCACCUGUCUCACCCACACAGCCUGCAGACUGUAACACAGUUAUAAGACCAGCUAAGCCACCUGUGGUGGACAGGUCCUUGAAACCUGGAGCGCUGAGCAACUCAGAAAAUAUUCCUACAGUUGAUGGAUUACGCCAUGUGGUGGUACCAGGGAGGCUGUGUCCACAGUUUCUCCAGUUAGCCAGUGCCAACACUGCCCGGGGAGUAGAGACCUGUGGAAUUCUCUGUGGAAAAUUGAUGAGGAAUGAAUUUACCAUCACCCAUGUUCUCAUCCCCAAGCAAAGUGCUGGGUCUGAUUAUUGCAACACAGAGAAUGAAGAAGAACUGUUCCUCAUCCAGGAUCAGCAGGGGCUCAUUACAUUGGGCUGGAUCCACACCCACCCCACCCAGACCGCCUUCCUCUCCAGUGUUGACCUGCACACGCACUGCUCCUACCAGAUGAUGUUGCCAGAGUCCAUAGCCAUCGUCUGCUCGCCCAAGUUUCAGGAAACUGGAUUUUUUAAACUAACUGAUCAUGGGCUAGAAGAGAUCUCUUCCUGUCGCCAGAAAGGAUUUCACCCUCACAGCAAGGAUCCACCUUUGUUCUGUAGCUGCAGCCACGUGACUGUCGUGGACAGAGCCGUGACCAUCACAGACCUUCGAUGAGAUGCCUUCUAAGAACCAGAGAGCACAUCAGUGUACUGCAGCCCCCUCCUUUAAGCUUUCCAGGGAGAGAGCUUUGGAAGCUUUUCUUAGACAGAGCACAGAGUAGGGGGCAUCACCUGGGAGAGAACUGAUUUUCUGUUUUUGUUCGAAAAGAAUUCAUUGGAGCAUAUUUUUGAAGCAAGUCUGAAAAAGCAUGACCAUACUAAAGUAACUGUAACCCAAAAAUUAAGUGGAAAAACAGGUAUAACGGACAUCCAUAAACACUUUCUUCUAGAUUCUCCAGCUAACAUUGUUUUCCUCUCAAUGAUUCUUCUAAUUUAUCUGCCAACUUAUUCUUUACCUGUGGACUAAAUCAGGGCAUCUCUGCAGAGAUUUGGAAGCCAUUUAGGAAAUGACUGGAGUUUUUCUGUGCUUUCUGGGCAUGUCAGUGAAGCUGCUACGUGAGGGACAGCUCCCGCCAUCCAUCCAGACGGGGAGACUGACAACCCCUGAAGGGUGAUUGUUUUUAGGAAUCGUUUAUGUAACAAAUGUUUCACGAUAUUUUUCCUCUACAAUAAAAUAACAUUUAACUUA